AUGGGCAAUAUCAUCCAGCCUCUCAUGAGCAUUACCAAGGCUAUUAGUGCGUCGUCGGAGUUCUUCGACAUGAUUGAUUCAGACAUUGUCUCGACAAGUGGUUUGCGUGAGCCGGAUGUGACUGCACAUGGCGACAUCGAGCUUCAGGACAUUACCUUCGUGUAUCCAACACGCCCUGAAGUGCAGGUGCUCAAGAAUUUUAGUGCGCGACUUGAGAAAGGUAAAACUACGGCUCUGGUGGGCCCGUCAGGUUCAGGUAAGAGUACCGUGGUUGCGCUGCUUGAGAGAUGGUACGAGCUCGAAGACACGGUCGCUCCUCCUAGCGUGAGUAAUGAAGGCAGUGAGAAUCAUGCUGGAGAAAGUCUCGAUGCAGGAAUUGCCACUGGCGCCAUUCGACUGAAUUCUCAUAAUAUCAAACAAUUUGAUUUGAAGUGGUGGCGUUCUCAGAUAGGUCUCGUCCAGCAGGAACCUUUUCUUUUCAAUGACACGAUCGAGAAGAAUGUAGCAUAUGGGCUCAUUGGCACUGAAUGGGAGCAUACAGAUGAAGCGAAAAAGCAGGAGCUGGUGAAAGAAGCCUGCAGAGAGGCUUUCGCUGAUGAGUUCAUCGUGGAUUUGUCUCAAGGCUAUCAGACCAUCGUGGGCGAAGCUGGAGUCAAGCUUAGCGGUGGACAGCGUCAACGUAUCGCCAUCGCAAGGAGUAUUGUCCGCAAGCCGGCUAUCCUCAUCUUGGACGAAGCGACAAGCGCUAUCGAUGUACAAGGCGAGAGAAUUGUGCAGGAAGCCCUCGAUCGCCUAUCGAGAAAUCGGACGACGAUUAUGAUCGCUCAUCGACUUUCCACAAUUAAGAAGGCUGAUCACAUCAUCGUACUAAAAGACGGCAUCAAGAUCGAAGAAGGCACUCAUGAGCAGCUUCUCUCAAUAGCUGAUAGUCUGUACAGUGGUCUGACAGCAGCGCAAAAGAUCGAAGAACAAGAGACUGACCCAGAUAAUGAGCAUCCUAUGAACAAGGAAGGAUUGGGUAGUGUGGAAAGACAACUCGAUGAAGUUGGUCGCCCCAAGUCUCGUGCCAGUUCUUUUGCUACAGACCCUGAGAAAGCCGCUGAGACUACGUCCUACCAAAGAAAAGGGUUCUUUGGUAGCGUGGGCGUCCUGCUUUCGGAACAACGUGCACAGUGGCCGAUUUAUGUCAUCAUAUUGAUUUCAGCUAUGAGUUGUGGAGCUGCGAACGCGAUACAGAGCUGGAUCUUUGCUCAGCUGAUACAGGUCUUUCAGUACACUGGUCAGAGGCUUGUCAGUGCCGCUAACUUUUGGAGCCUGAUGUUCUUCAUUCUUGCUUUGGUCGUCGGCAUAUCUUAUGGUGCUUUGAUGCUAUUUGCAGCGACAUCAUCGACUCAUGUUGGUAGCACCUGCAAGAAAGAAUACUUCCAAAACACUAUCAAAAUGCCAAUCUCCUAUUUUGAUCGGCAAGACAAUUCUUCUGGCUCAGUCAUGUCACGACUAUCAAGCGAUCCAAAACAGAUGUCCGAGCUCCUUGGCAUAAACGGCGCCUUCCCGACGAUAUCGAUAUUCAACCUGAUAGGCAGUAUCGCCAUAUCUUUCUAUUUUGGUUGGAAGCUCACUUUGGUGGCUUUCUUUGCAGCUGCACCUGCUAUUCUGAUUGCGUCUUUUGUGCGUAUGCGGUACGAGCUCCAAUUUGAGACGAUGGACGCCAAAGUCUUUGCGAACAGCUCUAAGUUUGCCACCGAAGCUAUCGGCGCGUUCCGGACAGUCACAUCUCUUACCAUGGAAGAGAGCAUUCUGCAGCAAUACGAAUAUCUUCUCAAGGAGCAAGUGCGGAAGUCGACCAAAACGUCAACUUAUGCUAAGUUGGUCUAUGCGUUUGCCGACAGCAUCGACCUAUGUGGGAUGGCGCUUACAUUCUGGUAUGGUGGCCAGCUCUUAGCGUCUCGAGAGUAUAAUGUUUUGCAAUUCUUCGUUGUCUAUGCAGCAAUUAUCCAAGGUGCUCAAGCAGCUGGGAUGUAUAUGAGCAUCACUCCGAAUGUUGCUCGCUCGGCAGCAGCAGCAAACCGCAUGCUUGAGCUCCGAAGUCAGGUUGGCAACCUCAAGCAGCCCACGGCACAAGUCACUGCAUCGAACGACGCUAGACUCGGCGCAAAGGUCGAGUUCAAAGACGUUAACUUCAGUUACCCUCAGCAAUCGGUGCCGCUGUUUACACAUCUCGACAUCACUAUCGAACCUGGCCAGUUUGUUGCUUUCGUGGGACCGUCCGGUUGCGGCAAGACGACUGUUGUCUCCUUGCUAGAACGAUUCUACGAGCCUACUUCUGGCAUGAUCACGCUCGACGGUCAAGACAUUACCACUGUCGACGCGCAAAUAUAUCGGCGAGAUCUGUCACUGGUCGCGCAAGAGCCGCGUCUUUUCUCUGGUACAAUUCGGCAGAAUCUACUUCUUGGUGUGGAGGGAUCAACAAUUACGGAAGACCAGAUAGUGCAAGCAUGUCGCGAUGCUGAAAUCCACGACUUCAUCAUCUCGCUUCCUGAUGGGUACGAGACAGAGCUUGGCUUGAACACACAAACUGCACUCUCAGGAGGGCAAAAACAACGUCUAUGCCUGGCGCGGGCUUUGUUGAGAAAGCCAAAGCUGCUACUGCUUGAUGAGGCGACGUCCAGUCUCGACUCGCAGUCUGAGAAGCUUGUCCAAGGUGCUAUUGAACGUCUUGCUGGUCAGAGAAACAUGACUGUUGUGGCUGUCGCACAUAGACUAGCAACGAUUCAAAAAGCCGAUGUCAUCUUCGUGUUCGGGGAGAGAGAUAUCAACAGACGCAAAGGGACAAGGAUCGUGGAGAUGGGCACGCACAAGGAGCUAUUGGGUCAGCGAGGUGUAUAUCAUGCCAUGUGUCAGAUCCAGACUUUAGAUAGGUGA